AUGACUACCGAGCAAUCAAUCAUGGAGGUCUCGGACUCGGUGGUAGCAAACAUCAACAAAUUUGUCCAGAACCGUCAAGCCGCGGAGAAGGAGGCCACCCACGAGCCUCUUAGUGCAACGGCGCUGCAUGCCUAUGCGCGACGGUUAGAUGGGACAUUGCUGCAGCUACAGGACCAGGUUCGCCGACAGGAGGAAGAACUCAGGAAGCUCCGUGGAGUUCGUUCCCAUGGUCUCUUGCAUGGUGGAGAUGACCGGUGGGCACGCGUGCAACAAGCACGUCAGGCCAAGAGGGCGUACGAGUCAUUAUUGAAGACUGAAGAUCAGCUGCCAACGACUGACUCGGUCCUACCUCCCUUGUUGGCACUCGAGCAAACUGGGAAGCUUAUUGAAGAGGGCAAGAUCUCCGUCUCCGUGACCGCAGAGAAAUUGUCAGGGGACCGAGACCGUCUGCGUAUAGAGAAUGCCAACUUGCAGGACUCGCAAGCUAUUGCUCGCAGACUCCGGGAAAGAAUCCAGAGAAUUCGCAGUACCAACGAGCGAAAGCAAGAGCAAACGCCUACGCAGGUGGCUCAAGAAGUGAUCAGCGAGCAGAAGAAGAAAAACAAACGAAUGGCUCGCGCAUCUGCCGAGCUCAAAGAGUCCCUUGACAAGUUCAUCGACGAUACCCUGGCUCCAAUGUUGGCUGCCGAGGACCUUGGCGGGCCAACAGUGGGUGAUGAAUUGGAAGUGUCAGAUGCGACCUUAAAAGCUGGCUACACAGCGCAUGGGAAGCCCAAGAAGCAGAAGGAACCGGAGGAGCCGGAUCUAGGCAGCCAACAGCGCAUUGAUCAGUUUCUUCGUCCAAGCACUGAUGGUUCCAACCCUACCGGCAAACGGCAGGCAGCCGCCACCGAGCUACACGAAUUGCUGGAUGCUCUUUUGGAAGCUGAUUUCUCCUAUAUUGAUUUAAAGCGCGACUCGGCAGCAUCCCGAUUUCUUGUGAGAGCUAAGGUCGCUCAAUUCCACCCACGAGAUGCAAGACGUCUGCGAUUGAUCGACUUUAGCCGCUCCUUAGGAGUCUGA